GGAGGGAGGGAAGGAGGGAGGGAGGAAUCGGGAUGUUUUCGUUUUAAAAAUAAUUCCCCCUCAUUCACGAACGUGGGCUGUUGUUUAUUUAAGGUUGUCUGCGUACAGAAUGAGAUGGUGUGUGUGCGGGAAUGCGGGGCUAAACGAGAGAAAUAAACAAGAAAUCGCGCCGCUUCUCCUCGCCUUAUGCUCGCAUUGUGUGUGUCCGCAGGCCGCGGGCUUCUCAGUGGGAGAUCGGCUAAAGCUAACGCUAAGGCUAACGCUACGGCUAAGCUAACGCACGAAAACAGACGCGUUUUCCUUCGUGUGUUUUCGGCUGCGCUGAUACAAAAUACAUUUUUAUUCAGCUGUAGUUGUUUCAUCGCCGUUUGCUGUUCGUGUCGAACCGCUGUUGUCUUUUCCCGCAGACGACAACGCUACGUUUUCAGUUUUUUCUCUUUUUUCUGUGUCUUUUUUGCCUGUUUUGUGGAUGCUAAGCUAACCAGGAGGAGCAACCCCCGAUAGCGGGAAGGUUUGUAGCAGGGUUCAGCAGCGGCUGAAGAGCGUCUUGGCAUGAGGUGAUCGCCCAUCGAGUGAAAGAUCUGUUCUGGACCACCUGUGAAAAAGUGUGGACGUAGAAGGAUAAAGAAAGAGUGGAAGACAACAAAGAGGGAAACUGCUGAAUGAAGUCCACGUUCUCUGAAUAGUUGAUUUUUAUUUUUUUCUUUACUUUUUUCUCUUCCUUUUUCCAGAACAAAGAGUUCACCUAAAAGACGUUCUGACUUUACUGGAUAACACUACAUCAUCUUUCUGUUGAUUUGGAGGCUAAGAGAAGUGGAAAGAGAGCCAGUGUGGACGUUUGCGUUCUUAGGAAUUGUGCCGGACUCCUGCCGCUAUUGGGCAUUCUCUCUUUGCUCUGGUGCUACCCAGCGUGGCGGGAGGGGGGUUGCUGGGGUAGCAGGAUUCGUGUUUGGGUUGGGGGGGUUGGUGGGGGGGAAAGCUUAUGCUAUGGUGAUCAGCCCUCUGCCUCAUUGCUUUUGCUCCGGCUUUGAGAGACUUUCCACACGGCCCAGGGACAAAGGAUAGCCUCCCAGGACGUGGAGGAGGAGGAGUAGGGUGAGGAACAGGCAGCUCCAGGGCUCAGGCCUCUGGGUGCUUCCUGAACGGUUUUCUGUGUUUGUUUGAGUGUUUGUUUGUACCCAAACGCAGCCAUGGUGAAGCUAGCUAAUCCGCUGUACACCAGCUGGAUCCUGGAGGCCAUCAGGAAGGUCAAGAAGCAAAAGCAAAGGCCUUCAGAGGAGCGGAUCUGCAAUGCUGUGUCUAUGUCGCACGGCCUGGACCGCAAAACGGUCUUGGAGCACCUCGAGCUCAGCGUCAAAGAUGGGUCCAUCCUCAAGGUCUCCAACAAGGGCCUCAAUUCCUACAAGGAUCCGGACAAUCCGGGCCGUCUGGCUCUUCCCAAGCCACGAGGCGGUGGUGGAGGUGGAAGUGGAGGUGGGGGUGGGGGUGGAGGUGGCAGUGGAGGUGGAGGUGGAGGUGGAGGAAGCAGCAGCACCUCUAGUUCUUCCAAAAAACCAGGCCUGGACUGGAACAAGCUGAUCAAACGCGCCCUGGAGGGGCUCCACGAGGCUGGAGGCUCGUCCCUGAAGAGCAUCGAGCGCUUCCUAAAGUGCCAGGCCGAUGUGGCCGGCUACCUCUCGGGCAGUGGUUCCAUGGGGCCCGGCCUGUUCCACCAGCAGCUCAGGCUGGCGCUGAAGCGAGCCGUAGCCCACGGGCGAGUGGCCAAGCAGGGGCCGCUCUUCAGGCUGGUCAGCCGUAGCUCCCAGAGCGAUGGCACCGGCUGCGUCUCGCUAGACUCGCUGCCCCCUGUCCGCCUGCUGCCACACGAGAAGGAUCGGCCCGUGGCCGAGCCCAUCCCCAUCUGUAGUUUCUGUCUGGGGACCAAGGAGCAGAACCGGGACAAAAAGCCCGAGGAGCUCAUCUCCUGCGCUGACUGUGGCAACAGCGGCCACCCGUCCUGUCUGAAGUUUUCCCCGGAGCUGACGGCGCGGGUCAAGGCUCUGUGGUGGCAGUGCAUCGAAUGCAAAACCUGCAGCAGCUGCCAGGACCAGGGCAAAAAUGCGGAAAACAUGUUGUUCUGUGACUCCUGUGAUCGAGGUUUUCACAUGGAGUGCUGUGACCCACCACUGACGCGAAUGCCAAAAGGUAUGUGGAUCUGUCAGAUCUGCAGACCAAGGAAAAAGGGAAGAAAGCUCUUGCAUGAAAAAGCAGCACAAAUCAAACGGCGGUACAAUGCGCCGCUGGGACGACCGAAGGGCAGACCAGGUCGCCCUUUUAAGAAGCUACGUGGAGGUGGACGUGGCCGGCGGAGGAGAGGUGCCGGGGACCAUCGUUCCCAAGGCUCUUCUUCCCCGCACUCUUCCUCCAGUUCAUCAUGUGAGGGUUACCCCGGCGACGACCGCCUGCUUUUCUCGCACCAAGACGACGACUCCGCGCAGGGCAGCCUGCGCUUCAACAAGAAGACGAAGGGUUUGAUCGACGCCCUCACCAAAUUCUUCACGCCUUCGCCAGACGGCCGAAAAGCCCGUGCCGAAGUGGUCGACUACUCACAGCAAUACCGCAUCCGCAAGAAGAAGAGAGAUUUGGACGGCAGGACAGGAGACAAUCAGGAAUGUGGCGACGACUGGCGAGAGGACGAGGAGAAGCUGCCGGGACACGAGAACCUGACAGAAAAGGACGUGGAGCUUUUCAGACACAUCCAAGAACUGGCACUACAGAAAGUUGGCGUGACUGGGCCUCCGGACCCCCAGAUGCGAUGUCCCUCCGUCAUAGAGUUUGGAAAGUAUGAGAUUCAGACGUGGUAUUCAUCGCCAUACCCACAGGAGUACAGCAGACUUCCUAAACUCUAUCUCUGUGAGUUUUGCCUGCGUUACAUGAAAAGCCGCAGUAUUCUGUACCAGCACAUGCGCAAGUGCACCUGGUUUCACCCGCCUGCCAACGAGAUCUACAGGAAGGACGACGUCUCUGUGUUUGAGGUGGACGGUAAUGUCAGCACAAUAUACUGUCAGAACCUCUGUCUGCUGGCCAAGCUCUUCCUGGACCAUAAGACGCUUUACUACGAUGUGGAGCCCUUCCUGUUUUACGUGCUCACGCAGAACGACUCCAAAGGUUGUCACCUUGUUGGCUACUUCUCGAAGGAGAAGCAUUGCCAGCAGAAGUACAACGUGUCCUGCAUCAUGAUUCUUCCACAGUAUCAGCGCAAGGGCUACGGACGGUUCCUCAUCGACUUCAGUUACUUGUUGUCCAAGCGAGAGGGUCAGCCGGGUUCUCCGGAGAAGCCUCUGUCUGACCUCGGCCGGCUGUCCUACAUGGCUUACUGGCGCAGUGUGGUGCUGGAGUGUCUGCAUGAAGUGCGAGACAAGAAGCUCACCAUCCGCCGACUCAGCAAGAUCACUGGCAUUUGCCCUCAAGACAUCACAGCCACCCUGCAGAACCUCAACAUGCUGGAGUACAGAGGGGGCCGGCUGGUGCUGGUUCGCAGAGAGAAGCUAGUGGCGACUCACAUGGCGCGGCUCCAGGCACGGCCACGGCUGCUGGAGGUCGACCCGGACUGCUUACGCUGGACGCCUGUCAUUGUCACCAACACGGUAGUGUCCGAGGGGGAAGGGGACGAAGACGACGAUGACGAGGAGGAAGAGGACAGAGAGCAGGAAAGCAGCAAAGAGGCAAAGUCCAGUCUCAAAAGUCCUCCACUGUCCUGGAAUGUAAGAGCAGAGAGGGAGGAAGAUGAAGACAAAAAAUGCUUCCCGUCAUUCCCAAAAGGCCAAAGCUCUCCAGCCUCAUCCCCCAUACACAACAGCCUCCCGAGCCCUGAGCGCUCGCCUGUUCAGGCAAACGGGGAGCGCAGGGGGCGCGGCCGCCCUCCCAAAAACUGGCUGUGGGGAAAAGUCAAAGACCGGACUCGGCAGGGUCCGGGGCGGCCACGGAAAAUGAGGCCUGACGAAGAUGAGGAUGAAGAAUACAGAUCUCCGGGGAACAAGUUGGCCGCAUCCUCCAUCUCUCCACCCACCCUGUUCACCUCAGACAACGAGCCAAACUCUGCAUCAGAACAGCCUACGGAAAUCCCCCGGCACCCUGCAAUUCCACCCCAGCGCAGCAGAGGGCGGCCCCCACGGAAAAAGCGAGGCCCCAAACGCAGGCUGAGUGAUGAGGGGGAGGAGGGUACGCCCUCAUUGACAGCGACUGCAAGGCUGAGCGAGACUCUACCUGCCCGAGAGUCUUGUUCUAGCGAGAGCAGUGAGGAGGAGGAGGAAGAAGAGGAGGAGGAGGAUUUCGAUGAAGAGAUGGGCACUCGCUCCCCUCCUGUACUGACCAAGCCAACAUUAGGGCUCAAAUGCAAGAAACAGGUGAGGAAGCGACGCAUACGGCAGCGCAAUCAUCCCCACAGCAGCGUUGUGACUGAAACGAUCUCGGAGACUACAGAGGUUCUGGACGAGCCCUUUGUGGACUCGGACACUGAGAGGCCCAUGCCUCGGCUAGAGGAGGAGACUCCAUUUGGAAACGCCCUCCGCUGUUACCCACCUGCCCGCAAACACUUAGAUCCAGCCCCGAAAAGGGUCCGCCCAGCCAAUCUCUCAGAGUCUGAGGAAGAUGAUCCCACUCCUGUGCUGAAGCCAGUUGCUGGCCUGAGGAGGCCAGAGCAGACAGAGGAAGGAGAGGUAGUGGAAGCCCCUGUCAUCACACCAGAAGCCCCGGUGAAGAAGAAAAAAGGCUGGCCUAAGGGCAAGAGCCGCAAGCCCCCGCACUGGACGAAGCGUCCUGGGAAAAAACCCGGUAGUGAAGUCGACCAGGUUGCUGACACCAGCCUGACAGCUCAGUCCUCUGAGGAUCCACCACCUCAAAAGAUCAAGGGGAAACCUGGCAGGAAGCCUCGAAGCUAUUACCUGCAGCGGGCCCAGGAGGAGGCUGCCAGGCAGGAGCUGGAGCGAAGCCGACUGGCUCAGCUACAGUUGGAAAAGCCUCCGCUGGAGGACCGGGCUUGCAAGAGGAGAUCCUCCGAUAUCGACUGCGAGAAGCGCAAAGACUCGGACGAGGAAGACGAUUUCCUCCAAAAGACGACAGAACCGCCCAAACCUAGGAGGCGAGGAAGGCCACCAAAAAACUUGAACCUCCAGCCUCCGGCCCCCAAACCACCCCCGCCGUCCGAGCCGGAUGAAGAAGAUGAGGUGGAAGAUCAAGAUCAAGCAUGGACUGAGGAAAAGCCCAGCCGUCCACCUUCUCGCACCUUGUCCCAGUCUUCUAGCUCCAGAGUCCCUCAGAGCAGAGACGAGGACAUGGCUGACCCAGAGGAGGAUGAGGAGAGGGAGGAGGAGGAUCACAGCGACCCAGGCAGCAGGAGAACGGCAGCAGCACCCGGCAGCCGGAGGAGUGAUGAUCAUGAUGCAGAUGACGAAGGCGAUGGCCGGCUAGAGGAGAAAAGUGACUGCAGCAAGCGGAGGAAGAGCCAGGAGUCUGAGGAGGAGGAUGAAGAAUUGGAGGACGAGGAAGAGGAGGAACCGUCAUCCCCUGCUCGGUCACCGCCCGUGAAAGAGGAACCGCAGACCACUGGAGAAGGUUUUUUAGACAUGCAGACGAGCACGACACAGGAGUAUGUCAGUAAGCAGGAAGAAGAAGAUGAGGAGGAGGAAGAGGAGGAAGAAGCAGAUGAGGUGCAGGAGGUGAAAACCCGGUCAGUCGAUUCGCAAGAUGAACGGCGGCGGCGGGAACAGGAGGAAUCCGCUGCCGCUGCUGCUGCCGUGGAAACGGUAACGUCCAUCGCGGUCCCUUCUGAACCACCGGACCUUCAGGCACUAGAAGAUAAAUCCGUCCUGAUGAUGGAGACGGAACAUCAGCACGCCAGUACUGAGUUCAAGGAUGAGCUCAGUAGCCACCAUCAGCAUGACCACCACAGCAGUGAGCUGGACCUGGAGACCGUCCAGGCCGUCCAGUCACUCACGCAAGGAGAGGCCCAGGAUGAAGAAGCUGAGCAGCACGGUGCGUACCAGGACUGUGAAGAGACCCUGGCUGCCUGCCGUACCUUGCAGAACUACAGCCACGGGGAGGGAGAAGAAGAAGCUCUUGCAAUGGUGGAGGACUGUAGUGCUUCUCAGCAUAAUAGCCCCAUGCCUAACCCGCCCAUGCCCCCUUUAGCCAGUCAGUCUGUACGGUCAGUAAACAGCCCCGGGAUGACACCUGGACCUAUGGAGACAGGCACAGGGGUGCCUGGAGCUGCAGGGACAGGAGGAGGAACUGGAGGAGGAUACACCCAGAUAACUCCGGAGCACCCUAGUUCACUUUCAGCGCCGUCUUUGCAGAACAUGGAGACCUCACCCAUGAUGGAUGUCCCUUCUGUUUCGGAUCACUCACAGCAGGUAGUGGACAGUGGUUUCAGCGACUUGGGCAGUAUCGAGAGCACCACAGAGAACUAUGACAACCCCAGCAGCUACGACUCCACCAUGGGCAGUGGAGGUAGUGGAGGCAGUGGAGGUGGCAUGUCCGUGUCUGUAGCGGCUGCUUCCUCGUCUGCUUCCUCUUCAUCCUCCACCCCAUCCUCCUCCUCCUCUCAAGGCAACAGCUGUUCCUUCGUUUCCACCCCAGGUCUGUCGUCUUCCAGUGCUGCCGUGAAUCCCCAGUUAGGUAUGGGCAGUUGCAGUUUGAUUCAGCAGGCUGCUCCCGGCCCAAACAGUGGCAAUUCUGGCUCCAAUGCUGGUGCCGCUGUUCCACAGCCUCCACCCCCACCUCCUCCACCCACUGCAAACACCCCAAGCUGUGGCAUUAAGUCUCCCCAGAGCUGCGUGAUCGAAAGGCCUCCGAGUGCCAGCCAGCAACAACAACAGCAGCAGCAGCAGCAACAACAAAAGAAGGUUCCCCAGCAGCAGCAACAGCAGCAGCAACAGCCAAACCAACCUCAGACCCAAGCUCCACCUUCAGCACCCCCUCCCCCACCGCCCCAGCAGCAGCCUUUAUCCCAGUGCAGCAUGGGAAACGGCUUUGCCUCCACACCAAUGAUAAUGGAGAUCCCUGAAAGCGCAGGGAGCAGCGGAAGUGGACGAAGUCUCUACGACCGCAUGGGCCAGGACUUUGGUGCUGGAGGCUACGCCCAGCCAUCGGCCACCUUCAGCCUGGCCAAGCUCCAGCAGCUCACAAACACAAUCAUGGACCCCCACGCCAUGCCUUAUUCUCAUUCAGCUGCUGUCACGUCUUACGCCACCAGCGUCUCUCUGUCCAGCCCGGGUUUGGCUCAGCUCGCUUCUUCUCCUCACCCUCCGCUUCCGCAGGCCCAGGCUACCAUGACCCCGCCCCCCAACCUAAGCUCUGGUUCCAUGAACCUUGGCUCUCCUCUAAUUCAGUGCAACAUGCCGGGGGCAAAUAUUGGCCUUCCUCCGCCGCCCCACACCCAGCGUCUCCAGGGUCAAAUGGCCACGGUAAAGGGCCACAUCUCCAUCCGCUCCAAAGCCUCCCAAAUCCCUGCCGGCUCCCCACACCAGCAGCAGCUUUAUGGCCGUAGCUCCGGCCCGGUGGCCAUGCAGGGCUCCCCUAGGACUCUAGCUGUCCAGCGUGGCAUGAUGACCAAUCUCAUGCCCACUCCAGCUGCCUACAACUCCAUGAACAUGAACCCCCUGAAUGCGGCCAUGUCGGCCGGCUACCGAAUGCCCCAGCCCAUGAUGAACAGCGGUUACCACGGCAAUCCGCCGUACAUGAACCAACCGGCCCAGUACCCCAUGCAGAUGCAAAUGGGCAUGAUGGGAGGCCAGGCGUACCCCCAGCAGCCUAUGCAGCCCAAUCACCACGGCAACAUGAUGUACGCAGGGCCUUCGCACCACAGUUACGCCGGAGUCCCCAAACAGUCGCCUUACAUGAGCAGAUGAGCAAGUUAGCAUAGAAAAUGUGCAGAGAAAGAGAGGAGAGUGUUGUGAAAAAGAAAAGACAUUAAUCCCCCCUGCAGAAUUGGACUCGCAUACUCUCUGUAUUGUUUUCAGAGCGCACCCGUCUUCCCAAGACCUUGGCAAUGGGAGCUGGCCUGAAGCGGGUUUGACGUGUGGGCGUGGCGGGACAGGAAGGUGCAGCAGCUGCGGAGGUUUCAAUGUUUUAACUUCUCUUGUAUGUUGUGGUCAUUAAAUUCUGUCCCGAGGGUUUCGGCUCCCUCAGAGCCGUGCCCAGCAGCUGUCGCUGAGCCGACAAAGCCGGGGGAAGCGGUGUGAACGGACAAGUAUCGCGACGUACCAACGGGGCGGCACACUCUCCCCUCCAAACAGCAUCCACUUGCGGAGCGGAGGAAGCAACAAAGCAGCUGCAAGGAGGAAGAGGACCUUAAUUUUUCCAAACGGGGAAAAUUUACAUUUGAUGUUGUUGGCGAACAUGCACCGAACCAUGCACACGGUCUUUGGAAUUGAUAUAGGAAGCCUUACCUGAAAAAAAAAUUGACAAAACAGUUGUAGAUGGACUUUGCUCUUUUAUUAUUAUUAUUAUUAUAAUUAUUAUUAUUAUUAUUACCACCUUUGUUUAUUUUUUAAAUACGUUCUCGUUUUUCGGAUGACAGUUGAACUGCUUUGUGUUUCAGUCUAGCCUCAUGCUUAGUUUAAAUAUAUAUAAAUAUAUAUGUGUGGCUAUACUUUGAGGGGGGGAAUCCACACAUUUUUUUGCUCUUAUAAACAUUCUCAAACAUAAAACACACACGCACACAUUUCUAAAGCCACUUCAGAGUCAAGGUGGAGGCACUUCUGUAUGUGUGUGAUGUAGAGCUGUCACGGAGACACCAUGAAAAGUAUCCAGUAAUCCGUGUCUUCCCAGUUUGCAGUAUAGGACCGCAUGUAUUCUGAUUCGGUAAAGGCCGGCAGAGGAAAACGGUGGCUCUGUAUGUAUUCGUAUGUCCAUAAGUAGCGAGAGAAAGUACCGAACUCGGACGGGCGGACUGGGCCAAACAAGUGCGCCUGUGAAACUCUUAGAUGUAAAUAUUCUGGUACUUCCUGAUUCACAGCACAGACUCCCGAAAUGUAACAUGAGCACCCUUCGUCAUAGACACUCCACUAGAGGGCAGUCAAAUCAAGGGAGAAUUACACGGUGGAAAUUUUGUUUUUUGCCUUUUUUUUCCCUUUUCUAACAACCAUGCUAGAGUGACCGCUACGUCUGCGUCCCAUAUGCGCCGAUAACGCCGUACGUUUAACCCACUGCAGUGAACAAUGGCUUAUACUGUCGCAACACAAAUCGCGGACUGCUUUGUUAGCGUUUCGUAACGAAGGAGACGUGGACAGUCCGCGGCGGCGCACACCGAGACUCGCGCCGACAUCUCAGUUAACGUGCAUGUCGUACAGGGACGGUUACCAGUAUAGGACAAGGGGCAGAGAAUCUCCUGUGUAUUCAAUGUCCAGUAUUCUAUGUCAAUAUGAGGAUUCUUUCUUAAGACCUGACGUUUUCAUAUUUGUUAUUUGUGUGGUUGUUUUUGUUUUGUUUUGUUUUUUUGUUUGUUUAUUUCUUUUAAUUUUCUGAAUUUUAUCAGACUGGGCAGCUUUCUUUUAUGACACAAGCUGACUCUUUUUGACUUUAGCAAACUUAUUGUAGAGAAAAUGUUUUUUCUAUAAUAUAAAACAAAAAAUUCUGACAUGGAUAUUGGUACUGUCAUUUUUUUCACUUCUGUUUCAGGAAAAAAAAAAAACAAUACAUAUUUUUUAGCUCAACUCUUGGGGUAAUAUUAUUAAGAAAUUCAAAACUAAAAAAAUAACAGCUCACUUCUAGUGAAUAAGAUGCCUUUAACCUUUCCAUUCCAUCUCAUCUCUAGAGUUUUCUAUCUUUGUGUAGUAUAUUAAUGCUAUUUUAAAACAAAAAGGAAACGACAAAUAUCUAAAGGUCAUUUCGCCGUUUAUUUUUUUGUUUCCCCCUUAAUUUUUUUGUUUAUUUUUUUCUCGUGUGUGUAUAGGACGACUUCCGUACAUCUAAGAGGCAUGUAAAAAUGAGCUCAGUAUGUUUCUGUCUGUUUAUAUUGCUUCCCUUUUUGUAUCCUUUGUAAUUGUACAUGGUGAGUUGUAAGCUAAGAGAGAGUGCGGUAGAUGGAGAGAAAGCGGAGCAGUGGCAGGACGCUGCUUAACGGUCAGUGGCGCCUGCCUUCCUCUCUCUCCUCUCUAUUUCGUCCCUGUAUGUAUUUCCAUUUAUUUGUUCCUUUUCUUUAUUUCUUAGCAAGUACUUUCAAAGAACUCUGUACAUUUUAACAUGAAACAAAAAUAAAUUAUGUUGAGCCAUUUCA